GGAAAAAAUGGAGAAAAUGACUAUUCGUUCCUUGCUUUAGCUGUGCCGUAUUUUAGAGGAAUUUUUUUGUUUGAGCCAUGAACCGAGCCACCGAGGAAACAGCAUGUCAUGCAGCCGGAAGCGGUGUACGCAAAGCAAUGUAUAACCACCGAAAGAAGAAUGCAGAGCAGAUCCUGACCUCAGCCAAAAGGAACAGGCAGCGCCGUGGACCAUGAGCGCAACGCUGUGCACUCUGCACUGCACUGCAGAUUCCAGAUUUUGGCCAAGCACGAGCACCAGAGCAGAGCUCACUCCCUUGCUCCACUGAUCCAAAGCUCCGCUCACUCCAAGUCUCCAAGGUCCCCAUGGGAUCCUACCAGUACACCUCCACCUCGCACUUCUGCUUCGACUCCGUCGAUUCCAGCCCCAAGCCCAAGCCCGCCUGCAAACCCAAGACGACCGUACGAAUCCCCAUCACAUCCCCUUCGGGCGAGACUCAGGAGAAACCGCCAUACGCGGCGGCGGCUGCCAAGAUCCAGGCGGCCUUCCGUGGGCACCUGGUCCGGCUGCACGUCGCGGCCGUGCGCUCGGCCGACGCCGAGGCGACGCGGCUCGAGCGGCUGCUCAGACGGCAGGAGACCGUGGACGCCGUCCGCGGCGACGAGCGCGAGCGCGCGCGGUUCUCGGAGGCGCUCAUGGCCGCGCUGCUGCGCCUCGACGCCGUGCCCGGGUACUACCCGGCCGUGCGGGACACGCGGCGCGCCGUGAGCCGCCGCGUGGUCGGCCUGCAGGAGGUGUUCGACGCCGUGAUCGCGGCGCCUGAGGCCCCGACGUGCGGGGUCCCGGCGAGCCUGGAGCAGGUUCUUGAAGGUAUCUGGGGCACCGUAGAGGCGCCGGCGGCGGUAGCGGCGGAGGAGGUCGGUAGGAGUGGUACAUGCUGGGGAAAGUUUUUUAGGGGUGCCUAGUGCGGUACGGCCGCAUGUGCUCUGCAGUACAAGCAGAUGAUCGGACGGCAGAAUAUGAAGUGUAAUAGUGC